CCAGCGAUCUGCAGUCACUGUGGACUGUAGCCCACACCCAUCUGUGUCAUGAACCACUCCACGACUGAAUGGAAUUCUAGGAGCCUGAGCAAUACCUCAGCCAACUUAUCCAAUCACCACGCUUGCCCUCUCGGCUUUGGCUACAACGACAUGGUUGAUGUAUGUGUUUUAGAGACUGUGAUUAUUGUGCUGUUGACAGUCCUGAUCAUUGUGGGGAAUCUGACAGUCAUCUUUGUGUUCCACUGUGCCCCUCUCCUUCACCACUACACCACCAGCUAUUUCAUCCAGACGAUGGCCUAUGCCGACCUGCUGGUAGGGGUAAGCUGCUUGGUUCCUGCUCUCUCCCUCCUUCACUACUCCACAGGUAUGCAAGAGUCCCUGACCUGCCAGGUGUUUGGGUACACCAUUUCAGUGUUGAAAAGCGUUUCUAUGGCAUGCCUAGCAUGCAUCAGUAUUGACCGUUACCUUGCCAUUACCAAACCAUUGUCCUACAGCCAGCUGGUAACUCCAUGCCGCCUUAGGAUCUGUAUCAUUCUUAUAUGGAUUUACUCUGGGACAGUGUUCUUGCCCUCAUUCUUUGGAUGGGAGAAACCCGGAUAUCAUGGAGACAUCUUUGAAUGGUGUGCCACCUUUUGGGAAACUAAUGCGUACUUCACAGGCUUUAUAGUCUGCUUGUUAUAUGCCCCAGCAGCCUUCAUUAUCUGUUUCACCUACUUCCACAUAUUUAAAAUCUGCCGGCAACACACCAAAGAAAUCAACGAACGCCGUGCCCGAUUCCCCAGCCAGGAGGUGGAAUCUGCUGAAGGUAGCCCCAGCCCCGACCGGCGCUAUGCAAUGGUCCUGUUUCGGAUUACAAGUGUCUUCUACGUGCUGUGGCUUCCCUACAUUGUUUAUUUCCUGCUGGAGAGCUCACGUGUGCUGGAAAGCCCUUCGCUGUCCUUUGUGACAACUUGGCUGGCCAUCAGCAACAGCUUCUGCAAUUGCCUCAUCUACAACCUCUCAAACAGCGUCUUCAGGCUGGGAUUACGGAGACUAUGGGAGACCCUCUGCUCACUGAGCAGGUGUUUUGGAGAUGAAGCUCUGCGAGAUCCCAUACCCAGGAAAAGAGCUCAUUCCUGCUCCAUAUGAUGAUUCACCUAUCCGGAGGAGAUACACCAGUCUGGCAUUCUGUAUGGUCUUGCACCUUUAUGUGAAGAUGUGUAAAAGAGCAAAGACAUCAAUGACCAAAGGGCUCCUUGAAAAUGUGGAAUGUGGGCACAAGAGGAAGGAAUUUAUCCCCUCCACCUGUUUUGUCAUUUGGUUAGGACAUUGCUUAACAUCAUCUGUCCUCUUUGGUUCUGUACCCAUAAUAUUCAAAAUGGCUUUGUAACCUUUAGCAUCUUUGCCCUAGACAAAGUAGCAAUAUAUUUUGAAAUUUUCAAUUGAACCUCAGACUUUGGUGUGAAGUUCUAGACAUCUACUACUCCAAAUAGGGUGAAAGCCUCCACAGUUUGGAAAUGCAGUGGAACUCAAUUGAUGUUUUAACCAUUGAAAGCCCUCAGCUCCACUCUUAGAGUAACUGACUGGUUAGUAGAUUGCACUUACCGCAUUGUAAUAAGGAAUAGAAAAGCUGAGGAGUGAAGUCAGUUUUGUGAAGAGUGCACAUUGUGACACUCUAUCAAUUGUUCACUGUCUGGUCACUGGGAGUAUGGUGCAGUAAUUUGUACAACUUUCUGUAGGAACCUUAACACUUUUACUCGGUGUCAUCUUCGGUGGUAGGCAGCAGUUCUUUAUAAUAUUUCAGUGUCAGCUUGCAGAUGUACUAAAUAAUAGGUGGAGUUUAUUCUUUGUCUGCAUCUGAUGUAUUUUCACAUGUUCAGUAGUUCAAGGCGAACAGUUUGAAUUUGAGCAGGAAUUGAAUUCAUUUUCAAAUUUAAACACUAAAAGUAAAGGCAUACAGUGCAGUUAAUCAUUAUUAUCCCAAAAGAUGCUACUCGUCAUUGUGUCUGCAACAAUGACUUGGCUCGUACCGUCUGUGGUUCUGGCACAGUUGAGGAGAGCUUAGUGAACGAAAGUGUUGCAAAUGCCCACCUGGCUUGCUCAUUUCGCAGGCAUCGGGAUUAAUUAUUUGGAGAAUUAAGGAGAGAAUCUUCUGAUUUUCUUCAUAUUAUUGUGCCACUCAGGAAUAUGUCGUAAAAAGGAAAACAGUACUUGUAUUGAUGUUAGUGUGAAUGAUGCUGAUUAACCCCUUGAGUUCUCCAGUUCCAACACUGUUGGUCAGCAUUGACUGGGGCGGAAUUGUGCAGCAUUCCUCCACUUUAAAUGUCAAGCGGCAAAGCCAGCUUUCCGUUGAUAUGACAGAUGCAAAAACGUUGCUGCGGCACACAAAGGGCUAUGUACUGUGCGAUAAGGAAGAGUUAAGCAGUAAGAAUGUAACAUUAAAUUAUUGCAAAACUAUUUAUUGAUUUAUUAACUUUUACAUUAAAAACAGAUAUAUAA